UAUGUUAAUAUUCAUCCGAGUGCAUCUCGCACGCGCGUCCCUCGAGGUUUUGUUUUGUUUUUUUUUUUGCAAAUAUAAAACAUUAUACUUGAAACAUCAAUCACACACACACACACACACAUAAUAUUGUAAUUAUUGAUAUAAUAUGCUCGUGUCGAUUGUGCCGGGCAAGUCCCCGACCGCGGAGUGUGUCCAAGACGAAUGCCAACAGAAUUGGCCGUGAAUAUUAUAUACCUACGAUUAUUCUUGUAACAGUGACUUUCGACGACCACAAUAAAGGUUACGCCUUGGGAACAUUAGCCAUACUAAAGCGCACACAAUAGCGGUUAAUUUUCGGAAACGACAUUUUUACAUAUUUUACCGACCGGUCCGUCGCGCCGAACAAAACGGCCAAUUGCGGCGAAAAACGGUCUGCUAGCCGCACACAUAGUGAUUGUAGGUCGGCCGGGCGAAAAAUAUAAUUAUUUAUAUUUGCACACACACUAACAGUCCAGGCGUGUGUGUAAUCCCGUAUACAAGCGACCGGUGAGCAAAAUAAGUCAGAACAUGAUUUACAAAAUGAGAAGCAAAUCUCCCCAGAUCUUGUACGCCGUUUCAGCUUCAUUGGGCGCAUUCGUGAUCGGCACGAUUCUGGGAUGGUCGUCGCCCACACUGCCAAUGCUGGAAAGUGGAGAGGCGGUCAGUUUCGAGGUGACAUCAGCUGGAGCGGCGACGGCAGGGUCCUUGUUCGGGCUGGGCGCGGUCAUCGGAGCGGUGCCAGCGGGUGCCGUGUCAUCGGCCUUUGGCCGCAAAGUGUCGCUUUUGGUUAGCGAAGCCCACGUGCUCUUCGGUUGGCUAAUGAUAGCGUUCCCACAAGCGAUGCGCAUGCUGUACAUCGGCCGGAUUCUACAAGGUGUAGGCUGCGGUGCCAUGUGCGCGAUUAUACCCACUUACGUUGGCGAAAUAGCCGAAGCCGACAUACGAGGCUUUCUCGGCGGCAUGUAUCAGUUGUUCAUCGUCUCCGGCAUUUUCUACUCAUACGUGCUCGGCAACGUGUUGACUUACAGCCAGUUGAACUUUGCGUGCGCCAUGUGGAUGUUCGUGCACAUCAUAGCCGUGGUUUACAUGCCGGAGUCGCCAUACUAUUUCAUCCGGGCCGGCAAGACGGAGAAAGCCAGCGAUCAACUGGCCAGACUCCGCAAGUACGGGCACGACUUUCAAGCUGAACUCAAGGAAAUACAGACAUUCGUGGAUGACGAACAAAAGAACCAAUACACUGCCCGCGAAGUGUUAGAAAAAGACGUGAAUCGCAAAGCACUGAUAAUAGGAGUGGGUUGCAUGUUUUUCCAGCAAUUGUCCGGCAUCAACGUGCUCAUCUUCUACCUAAAGCAUAUAUUCGAGAGCUCCGGCAGCAACAUCAGUCCCGCAUUGUCCACAACUAUCGUGGGCGUAACCCAGGUCGUCAUGACAUUCGUAGCGAUGCUUGUAACGGACAAGUGGGGCAGACGAACGUUAAUGAUCUACUCGAUGACGUCGAUGGGCAUAAGUUUCAUGGCCUUGUCUUAUUAUUACUUUGUGAAAACUCACAAUUUCAAAAUUGCAGAUUCUUUGAGUUGGUUACCGUUGGCGGCAAUCAUUGUCUAUAUCGCCAUGUUUUCUGUCGGCUGUGGACCCUUACCGUUUGUCAUCAUAGGAGAGAUAUUCUCUUCUGAACUUAAAUCCCUUGGUACGGGCAUAGCCACUGCUACCAACUGGAUAUUAGUAUGGCUAGUCACGUGCUUGUCCACUCCUUUGGACACAUUGAUCGGACCUAGUGGCGCUUUUUUCGUUUACUCGGGAUUUUGUUUUUUGGGCAUGUUGUUCGUGGUCAACCGAGUACCGGAAACGAAAAACCGAUCUCUGGCCGAAAUCCAAUCAGACUUGGAGAAGUACUGAUCAAGUCCAAACCGGUGAUACGAGCCAUUUUAUCAUCAAAGCGCGUAUAUAAAACAAAUUCAAUGUACAUAAACACCGUUAUAAUUAACGAAAUUGUAAUUAAGUAUAAGUAUUUUUCGAUUAUUACAAUUAUUUAUAUAGCUGUAAGUUUUAGGAAAAAAUCACAUAAUUAUUAAAAUCCAUGUAUUUAUUGAUACAGUAAGUAGCCAUUUAUCCAGCGCCAUUAAGUAUCAUUACCAUUAUU